AUGGCAGCUCAACUAUCACGGCAGCGUGCAAGCACUCGAGAGCAAGAAGCAGCAGAUACUGUUUUUGAGGAGGUCACUAAUGAACAACAAGAUGAACAGUCAUCAUUUAUGCUUAUUGAAAAACUUGAGCAAGCUGGAAUCAGUUCUGGAGAUAUCAAGCGACUGAAGGAAGCCGGAUUUAACACUGUUGAGCGAAUAGCUCAUGCAAUGCGAAGCGAAAUUGCUUCCGUGAAAGGAAUUAGUGAACAGAAAGCGGAUAAAUUGCUGCAGGAAGCAAUGAAAUUAGUGCCAAUGGGUUUCACUACUGCCUAUGAGGUCCACGAACGACGUAGCGAGCUGAUACAAAUCCGUACUGGGUCCCCUACAUUGGAUAGACUUAUUGGUGGUGGAGUCGAGACUGGGCAUAUUACUGAGAUAUUUGGUGAAUAUCGCACUGGAAAAAGCCAAAUUUGCCAUAGUUUGGCAGUUAUUUGUCAGCUGCCCAUAUCUAUGGGAGGAGCAGAAGGAAAAUGUAUGUGGAUCGACACGGAAGGGACUUUUCGACCGGAGCGGUUGGUUCCAAUUGCAGAGCGAUUCAAUAUGGAUAGUAAACACGUGUUAGAAAAUAUUGCUGUGGCUAGAUGCUAUAAUUCCGAUCAUCAGAUUGCGUUGUUGACAACCGCGGCAGCAAUGAUGGCGGAAAGUCGGUACGCCCUUUUGAUUGUGGACAGUGCAACUGGAUUGUUUAGAACUGACUACUCUGGAAGAGGUGAGCUGGCCGCGCGACAAAUGGCUUUGUCUAAGAUGAUGCGAUUACUCAUCAAGCUUGCAGACGAGUUCGGUGUUGCAGUCGUAAUAACGAAUCAGGUCGUUGCUCAAGUCGAUGGAGGUUCGAUGUUCCAGGUGGACGCUAAGAAACCAAUAGGUGGAAACAUUAUUGCCCAUAUGAGCACUACACGAUUGGGAUUACGCAAAGGCCGAGGUGAGACAAGAAUCUGUAAAGUGCAUCAGAGUCCAAGCUUACCGGAAGCAGAAGCAACGUUUGCCAUUACUCCUGGUGGAAUAGACGAUGCUCCUGAAUAG